UUCUCUUAUAAAGAACAUAGUCUUCUGACAGUGAAGUGUUGUCGACGCCCAGUUACUUGUGAGUUUUUCGGAUUUACUUGAUCAAAUAUCAACCGCCCCGCAGCGUCGGGCGUGUAGCGUAACAAUAUCACAACUGCAUACGAGACGUUGGUUACAUCUGACUUCGGUACAAGCCUAGUUCAUGAUUCGGUCUAUUGACAGGUAGCAAAGAGCGAGAAGACAAAAAUGCAGACAAUAAAAUGUGUUGUGGUCGGUGAUGGAGCCGUGGGUAAAACUUGCCUCCUUAUUUCGUACACCACAAAUAAAUUCCCCUCCGAGUAUGUGCCAACUGUAUUCGAUAAUUAUGCAGUUACGGUUAUGAUCGGUGGAGAACCAUAUACCUUGGGAUUAUUUGAUACCGCUGGCCAAGAGGAUUAUGACAGACUACGACCACUGAGUUAUCCUCAAACGGAUGUGUUUCUAGUUUGUUUUUCAGUCGUCUCCCCAUCUUCAUUUGAAAAUGUUAAAGAGAAGUGGGUACCAGAGAUAACGCACCACUGUCAGAAGACGCCUUUCCUAUUGGUCGGAACACAAAUCGAUUUACGAGAUGAUGCAGUAACUAUUGAAAAGCUUGCAAAAAAUAAACAAAAACCGAUAACAGGAGAACAAGGAGAGAAGUUGGCCAAGGAGCUUAAGGCUGUGAAAUACGUCGAGUGCAGUGCUCUAACGCAAAAAGGAUUGAAGAACGUGUUCGAUGAAGCAAUCCUGGCUGCACUUGAACCUCCAGAACCUGUUAGGAGAAGAAAGUGUGUCCUUUUGUAGGGAGGAUAUUUUCAAUCUCCAUCCCACUACUACGCGAGCACGGCUGAUAGUGCUCCACAUUGUAAGUUUUAAAUAUACUAUCAAAAUAGAAUGGUACAGGCCUUGAACCAUAUAUGCUGUAUCCAUUGAUCAAUUGGCAUAAGAUAUUCCAAGGAACCAGACGCUUAGGUAUUUAUGUAUUCAAAAUGAACAGCAAUCUUGCUAAAUACGUCUUGGCAUCAUAAUUCACAAGUUUAUCAAGAAUGAGUAUAUGAAUGUUAGGAAUAAAAUGGUUCUCCGGAAAAACGAUGGAAAUAAUUUUCACGGGGAACAGAUGUUGGCUAGGAUUAUCAAAUUAUUUGAGACAAAGACGGGCCCGCUGCAUUGCCUGAUUUGUAUUCGUCAGGCUGCUUCAGAUUGAGGAAGAGACAGUAUUUUCCGAUUUAUAAAAAGAAAUAAAAAAAAAUGAAAAAAAAUGUAACACCGAACGUUUAUAGUGCAAUUAGUUUACAAACACGCAUUAUACAUUAUACAUAAUAUUUAGAUAUAUAUUUGAGGGUAACCAUACUCAGGUAAGAUAGAUUAAUAUCCUUCGUGAGAUAAUGAAUUACUUUUUGUUUAGGAUGGACUACGGUAUUAAAUGUGAAUACCUUUCAUGAUCCUAUAAAAACAAAAACAAUAAACACAUAAACAUGAAAUGAAACAGCCAUCCUGGACGGGAGUAAUCCUCCAUGAGUUCUAAAUAGGGAGCCACGCCACUCUAAUAUUGAGUAAUCAAUAAGGCAUUUUUAAUAAUAAGUUACUAAUGUGAAUUUUUUAAUAAAUUAAUAAUGAAAGAAACAA